AUGAGUCAGGAUCACUCAACUGCUAUAAUGGAGAACUAUGUCAGCAUAUCUCCCCCGUCAGCACUUCCGAAAGACCUCCAGAGACACAUGCAGAAGGGAGGUACCAAUAAGUUGCCGCCAAUCCAACAUUCAUCUCUAGCGGUCUCAGAUGCCGCUCUAAAGGCAUUUUCUAUGAGAGGGCAUCCCUUGCCAUCGAUAGGAGAGCAAUUUCCAAAAAUGGAAAAAAUUAAAGACAUGGAAGACAGGAUGUUGGCAUCUCAGGUCUUGCUGAAUAUUAGUAGCAGUCACCGUCCUGUGGAACAUGUGAGGCCUCACGUAGCUCCCAGAUCCCCGACUUCCACAUUCACACCUAUCAAUCAGCCCGACAACGCUUCAUCUACUGUCUCCAACUUCGGUCAUGGAAUGCACCUCGACCAUCGGACCCUCGACUCUCAAGACAUGACUCCGUCUCACGGGGAUCAAGUGACAGGUACCGCUGUGGCUAGUGAUGGACGCCCUUCUGCUCUCACAUGCGUCAAACACAACCUUCAUUCUGCUGAUGAAGCACCUACACCUCCCAACCAUGAAAGAAGACGUCGCCAUGUCAAAACGAACGCGAAAAAGACAAAGAAUGUGCUGGGGCCCAGGCCUCUGGAGAGAUGGAAGGAAUGGAACCCAGCGUUAGAAAAAUCAGAAAAUGAACUAGACAAAAAAGGUAGUGACAGUAUCGAGAGGUACGAAAAGAUGGGAGUGGAAGAAAAGGUCGCGUUCAUGGACGGGCUCUCGACGGAAAUCGUCAGGAACGCAUGCAUCUGCCAGUCAGCAUGGAGACUGACCAAGUCCGAGUGCUACGCCCUCCCACCAGUGCCCCAGGGCGUUACUAUGAUUAAGAACGACGAGCAGAUGUUCGGGAGCCCCGGACCGUUCCGCAGAGCUGUGUCUCAUUUCUUCGGCCGAAACAUGACGUCGACAAAGAAGUUGAACUUGCCAAUCCUGACUCGUACAUGCUAUCAGAAGAGCAAGUACAGGGAGGACAAAUAUCCGGACUUCAUAUAUCGUUUGCUCCAGCUGGUUCUAGCCAUCAACGACAUGGACUUCCAUUCUGAAGUCACAUACAAAGUUGACCUGGUUAAGGAGGACCGAAACUGGUUUCAGGCCUGGUCAGAGAAGUCCGAAGGAAAGGAGGAUGCCGAAGCAAAGAAGGACGGCGAACAAAAGAAGCAUGACGGCCCGAGGCAUGGUGGGCCAACGGCGCAGCUGUUCAAGUAUAUGCAGGAGACAUAUAUCAAACCGCCAGUCCCAAGAGUCAUGAACAAGCUGGAGUGCUUCAAGAUGAUCGAAGAUAUCAAGGAGAAGAUCAAGGACUCUAUUUAUUUUGCCGACGAUGAAGUGAGGAGAGAGGUUGAAAAGAAACAGGAAGCCGAGAUGCAACUGAAGAAAACAGAGGGGACGGGACCAACGGACUCAGCGGAGAAACAGGUCGAGCAGGUGGAUCCAACGAAGCCGGAGGGAAAUCCGACCGACAAGAAGAAGACGAGCCGGAUGCACAAAGGAAAGGUAGAGCUUGCAUCUUUGACUAGCAAGGAAGCGGCAAAGUACAUUGAAGGAUAUUUCACCUUCCUACUCAUCCCGGUCAUCCCGGACGGCGCUACAGCUGCAGAACCACGGCCCACCAAGAUCCCAGACGAGAUUUACACAGCAAUGUAUGUAGAGCACUCCAAGAGGAAUCCGAAGAUCAAGUCCGAACCAGCGUCUUCCGAACAGCCCGAAGAACAACUACCAGCCCGCAGAUCCAACAAGCGCAAGCGAGCAAAUGAAGCGAAACAUACCGAGGCAGGCCUCGACGAUAGCAAUAGCAAUCCAGAAAACGAAGAUGAUCUCCCCGUGCUUCCAAAGAGAAGGAAGAUAGCGGCGGCGCAGAAACCUCGUAGGCGUGCACCAGCAUCGAAAACGCUCAGUCGGUCUCGCAGGAACCUUCCAUUGAAGGUCGAUAUGGCAACCGACGCCAUGGAGGACACACUCCCCUCCUCCUCCUCCUCCUCCUCCUCCCCACCCCCCAGCACAAGCUUGAAAUCCCUCUUCUUCCAACCGCCCAUCCACAAGCACAUGCUCGACAUCCCCAACAUUCGCAUGCAGCAGCACCGCCGCAACCGCAUUCCUCCACCCGACAAGAUCCGGGCCCCGCGUAUCAAACACCACCACAUCCGCUUUCGCCCCGGGCACAAGCACCCCGACAUCACGCCGACGCAGCGCCAGCCCGCCAUUCCGCGUCGCCAGCAGAAACGCCUGGGUCGCCGCUCAUCGGGGUUCGUAGUCGGGAACGAGCCAGUCCUGCAGCGCCUCGCGGUACCAGACAAGGCGGGUUUUCUGCAGCCGCAGGCGGGGGCCUGGGUGAGGACGUCGGCGGAGAAGGUGAAGUGGGUGUCGGCGCCGAGGGCGGACAGGUCUUGGAAGAGGUGUGCUGUUGGGUGGUUCGUGGCCGUAGUGCAUUUCGCUUUCGGGGGUGAUGGCGGUGUGUUGGUGGGUCUGGCGCAGGAGGCGGGCGUCGAGGGGGUUGAGGUUGGAGGCGUGGCUGGAGAUGAUGGGGAGGGUGGUGUUGAGCAGGGCGUGCGAGUGGAGGAGAGAUGGGGUGUUUGCGGCGCCCCAGGGGCCGGUUAG